CACAUUCACUGCCAGUGAUUAUAUACCCUGUGAUAGAUUACACAGCUGAAUUGGCUCAAAACUCGAAUAUGGAAAAACUGAGAUACGGGCUCGUAAUUUUUUGGUUUAUUUCGAACAUGGAGGGUAAGACAUGUGGGAUGGCUGACCCGGACCAGGAUCUUAGCCAUAAAAAUUCAUCAGCAUUCAACGGUAUAAUUUUUCCAGUCGCAGCAAAUCCUUUUCGGGCAGACUUACUUACAUUUGAAGAAUGCAAUCUUUAUUUAAAAUAUCAACAGGAGCAAUCGAUAUGCAUGGUGGUGUUUGGUUACGAUCCGUGCAAUGUACAUGAUGACAGUCCUAUCAAGGUUAUGCUGAACACGUACUUGGAUGUAUCAUGUAUAUACAUGCCGCAUGCGCUAGUAGCUAAUACCACCAGACAUGUGCGGCAAAUUAGCCCGUAUCGCGCCGUCCUGCUGAAUCUGUUUGAAGGGCAGAUAGAUCAGGAUCCCGUUACCGUUGAUGUAGUCGAACCCAUUCGUAAUCAAACCGCGCACCUCGCUGUUUACGAUUGCCAAUCGCCGAAUGCAACCGCCAAAGUAUACGCACUGGGGAUUUUGCCAAAUGUGUACAGUUUCGCGCUCAAAUAUUGUCCCAACGUGACGAUUCAGAAGAAGCACUUCGACGGAAUGCCGCAGCUACGGCUGAUCACGUUUGAGUUAAUUACAAUUAGCGCGCUGGAGCCGGGCACGUUCACGGAUUUGAUCCAUCUGCGUAGCCUGACACUGGAGAGAGAUUUCAUCGGGGCGUUACUGAAUCAAAAUAGUCCUAAACCUAAACCCGCCUACAGCAGGUUUUCAAACGGCGAUUACCUCCACUAUUUGCACGAUUUGCACUGCGCUUGCUCGUUUGCCUGGUUGCGCAGUUUCCUGAAACAGAAACCGUAUUUGGUAGAAGAAAAGGACCUGGGUGAAGUAUUCAUAAUCGGAAAUUAUUUAUCUCCAAGUGUUAAAAGAAAGGGGAAUGAAACGGAUGUCUUCAGCGUAGACUGUUCCAGAAAAGUAACCCUGGAUAAUAUUUGGACAGGCAGUGAAUUCUCCUACAAAGCAUGUUGCUCUGAUAAGACGUGAUUUAUGUAGGAGAUUCGAUUUUCGCAUUACCAUGAUCUAAAUUUUUGGGAUAUGUCGCAGUUUCUCGCAUUUUGAACGCUUUUACAACGCCGCUUCGCAUUUUGAACAAUCGCAACCUUGCCGUGUGCUAACUCUGUAAAUAUAUUUAUUGCAGCACUCUAAGUCGA